UGUAGAAUUGUUGCUUUCUUUAGAUAAAGUAGAAAAGUAAUGCAUGUAAUCUUCACUACAAUAGAUUUGAUCAUACCAAUUCCUUUUGUCGUUAAGUUAAACAAAGGCUCUAUAUAUAUGUAGCCAUGUCUUAAUUUGUACCUUAUAACCUACUCACAAAGCAACCAGACAACACAUACAUCUCUCAUCUCUCUAUUCUCUCUCACUGUAAACUUCAAAUUAUGAUGGGAUACCAAACAAACGCUAAUUUCUCCAUGUUGUACGACCAAGACCACCCUCAUAAUUAUGAUUAUGAUGACCUCUCUUCAUCAACUUCUGUUGAUUGCACUCUCUCCCUUGGAACACCAUCUACUCGUCUCGACGAACACCAUAGAUUUUCUUCUGCCAAUUCUAACAACAUCUCCGGCGACUUCUUCUUUCACGGAGGAAGCCCAAAAACGACGACGUCUUACAAGAAGAGCGGUAGUGAACACAACCUGCCUCGCCGUUGUGCUAGCUGCGACACAACUUCUACUCCUCUAUGGAGAAACGGACCAAAAGGGCCUAAGUCGUUAUGCAAUGCGUGUGGAAUCAGAUUCAAGAAGGAAGAGAGGCGUGCAGCCGCCAGAAACUCAAUAACGUCCGGUGGUGGUUCAUCAGUGGCAGAAGUUCCGGCAGAGAACCUGUACAACGGAGGUGGAAACUAUUACACUCAUCAUCACUAUGCUUCGUCGUCACCCUCGUGGGCUCAUCAGAACACACAAAGAGUUCAGUAUUUCUCGCCGGCACCGGAGAUGGAAUAUCCGUUCGUUGAUGACGUCACGGCUGCCUCGUUUCUGUCUUGGAACUGACGUCACCGAAACCAAUGGCCUUCUCCACCAUUUUUGACGAGAUAAACGUUAACUAUGGAUGAUGAUGACGAUGAUGAAAGGUCUUGUCAUAGAUUCUCACCCAAAGUAAAUCAGUCCUGGUCAAAUUCAUUAUAGAUUCUUUUUAUUUAUCUAUUUCUUACAUCGACUCUAUCUCCUUUUUUUUGUCGACGCCCAUCGACUCUAUCUCCUUGUGUUUUCUUUUUAUGACUUUUUGAAAGAUAAAUAUAUAUAUAUGUACUGUUUACAACCCUUUUCAUGAUAUUCCACUUGUUUUGAGUUUUGACCGUAUAUGUUAUGAUACAUAGUAUUAGAGAUGUCAGGUUUACCCAUCCCGUUCUAUACCGCGGUGGGUUAGUCAUCGAGCGGGUCACAGUGAACCUGUUCCGUGCGGACUGCGGUCUUCAAAAUGCUGGCCCAAACCUGUACCACGGAAUAUAUAGGCAUUCGCGCGAGACACCUCCUUAUCAAACCGUCUGCUACAUCUUCUUUCAUGAAUGUUCAAGUAGAAGAGUUGUGUAAGAGAGAUGAAGAGAGCUCAUUAAGUUUCACUAAAGCCUUAUCAAAAUCAAUGCCACAAAGCUCCGUUUGUGCUUGCAUUUUUGAGUUAAAAGCCUUCUUUUAUUAUCACCAUAAGCUUUUGUUAAGUUUGAAUCUUAUUGAGUUGUUGUCUUUGUAAUAAUUUGUCUCAAGUGUUGUAUGUCUUCAUCAAA